AUGGAUUCAGGACUUGCUGUUAAUAACCCCGCAAUAAAUGAGGGUUCUCAAGGCCUUAAUGAGGGUUGUGAACUGCAAGAUGCUGCAUUACUAGUCACACAACCAGGAUUUGUACCACAGAAAACCUCUACAAAAUCUUCAAGACUUAGUCUUAGUCGGAAACGUAAGCAGGCCCAUUCUAUUACCAGUGGUAAAAGGACAUGCCCGGACCAUACACUAGUUUCUGAUGUGCAACCUCUGGAUACUACCACAGAUUUCAUUAAAACAGUUGAUUUCUAUACAGAAAACCUGUUAGGAGCUGGAGAUGUCACAAAUUCAUGGUAUGCAGCGUUGGCUAGGGGCUCAGAAGCUAAUGGUGAUGCAAUAGUACCGGUAGUUAAUACCGUACUGCCAUCGUCUUUGGACCCGCAGACAUCUGUGGCGGUUAAUCUGCCAAGUGUGGUUGGUGCCGGUGUUGAGGAUGAAUCUUCUGUGAUUUUUGAAACAUCUCUACCUACAAACCAGGAACAUUUCAUCAAUGAGUUGUUGCAGGAAUUGACAGCUCGAGUGAGAAGACAGGCUGAAGGCAUCGCUGCCAUAAUUUCAAGGUGUACAGAUCAAGACGUAUUGCUGAGAAGACUGACUGAAGGCAUCGCUGCCAUAAUUUCGUGGUCUAAAGAUCAAGAGUUAUUGACCAGACUUAUAUUUGAAGCUCACAAAAAGACUUCUGAAGAACAAAACUUGGUGAACAGAGUGCUGCUUGAUCGAUUGGGGGACGUUGAAAAAGCCCAGAGAAAGGAGUUCGAUGUACAGCGAAACACGGUAAUUCUAAUACAACAAGUUAAAGAUGCUGUUUCACACAAUAAUGGUUUAUAG